AACGAAUAUACAGACGAGUUUGAAAAUCCAGAGGCCAGAGAUGACAGCGAGUUCUGGAGGAAAGGAUCGUAGCGGCGCCUUCUGUUGGUCGCUGGCAGUGGCAGGUGUUUAUCGCGAUCAGUGUAACGGCUCUGAUUCUGCUUCUGCUGAUCAUCACAGUGUCUGUAAGCCAUGUGAAGUUUGACAGGAAGUUCUCAACUGCAGAGAUGAACGUACAGAAUCUGACGCAAACGCUCGUGAGCGUCAUAACCAGAACACGUGACCUAGAGGAACACGGACAUAAACUGCUUUUGGAGAUCAGCAAUCUGGAGCUUAAUCAAGAGACGAUGCAAAGCAUGGUUAAUGAUAUGUCGGAUUCAGCGCAGGUGCUCCGUGACAAAGUUUCGAAUCUGAAAUGCCAGAUUAACAAGAUAAGGAACAACAACACGGAGGAGCUGUGCUGUCCUGAUGGAUGGCUGCUGUUUUCCUCACACUGUUAUUUCUUCUCUGAUGACGGGAUGCCGUGGGACGCGGCCAGAGACGAGUGUAAGAAGAAGAGAUCAGAGUUGCUCGUCUUAAAAAGCAAACAGGAGAAGAGUUUCGUGGCCAGUAAGACCAGGCCUCUGUUCUACUGGCUGGGUUUGACUGACGCCCACACCGGUGAGUGGGAAUGGCUGGACGGGACGCCGUACACGAUCAUCAGGAGUGAAUGGAUGCCCGGUCAGCCGGAUGACUGGACGGCUCACGGUUUGGGAGGUGGUGAAGACUGCGCUCACUUUCAUCACGACGGACGCUAUAAUGACGACCACUGCUCUCGGCGCUACCGCUACGUCUGCAAAGCUCACGCCUCCUCCAUCUGAGACACGAAUGUCCUUCACAGCGUCAACACUUUACAACAAAACUACAUCAAACCAACAAACAACAUCAGUGUGAAUAUAAACACUAAAAAUGUUUAAUAUUUCAAGGUUUCUGAUUCUUAUAUUUACUGUAUAUAAACAACAA